AUGUCAGACGGUGUAAAGUUGAUAGACUUGAUGUUACCAUUCGAGAAGAGGCUUGUACCUCUGAGGGAGAUCAGUCGGCAGAUAUCGGGUGUGGCCGUCCAUAUCUCGGAGGAUGAGACACUUUAUAAGCAAUGGAAGAGCAAGUACCAGGGCACCUUUAAGACACUGUUUGAUGAAUUCGGGGCCGACUACUUCAAAGCUAACGCCACAGCUGAAAAAGACUUACCUACUGAUGCUGCCAACAACGGUUUCCAAGACAGAUUCACAGAUGCCCUAUUUGCUGUUGAUGCUUACAUCGCUGGAGUUCUGUCUGAUUUCGCUGACCAGGACAAACUAGACGAGAUCUACUUCGAAUGGGAGUCUCGCUUGGUUCGAGGACUGGACGGGAUUUACAUCAGUAGCUACAAGGAAGAUGGUCUUGACAAGAAAGUACUAGCUUCUCAAAUGGAGCCACUAGCAGCCAGGAAAGUGAUGCCAUGUUUUGAUGAGCCCUCUUUUAAAGCCACCUUCUCCAUGGAGAUAACAGCGGAGAAUACCUACCCGCUAGUCCUGUGGAACAUGCCAGAGAUGAGCAAUACUGCUGUGGACGAUACAUGGAACAAGUUUGUUUUCCAGAAGAGCGUCAAAAUGUCAACUUACUUGCUGGCUUUUGUUGUAGCAGACUUUAAGUGCACUGAACCGAUCAUUGAAAGUACUAAAGGAGUCAAGGUAAGAACUUGUGGUAGAAAAGGACCUGUUGAUGCAGGAGCAGAUUUAUACUCCGCCAAAAUCACAGCAAAGAUUAUUGAUGAGUACGAAACGUUUUACGGGACAGACUUCCCCCUUCCGAAGAUUGAUUCAGUAGCGGUACCUGACUUCAGUGCGGGAGCUAUGGAGAACUGGGGGUUGAUCCUGUACAGAGAGACAGCCCUGCUCUGGGACCCCAAGAAAGACACAUACAACAACAAAGCCAGAGUUAACACUGUGGUGGCUCACGAGCUGGCUCACCAGUGGUUUGGAAACCUGGUCACCAUGAAGUGGUGGAAUGACCUGUGGCUAAACGAGGGGUUCGCUUCUUAUGUCGAGUGGAUUGGAACUGUCAAAUCUGAACCUCAGUGGAACUACCUUGACUUCCAGACUUUUUCCGACAAAUCUCGAGCAUUCGCCAUAGACUCCUACAUGAGUUCCCGACCCGCUUCAAUCGAAGUUUCUAAGCCUGACGAUAUCACUGCUCAGUUCGACUCUAUCUCCUACUCUAAGGGCUCGGCGUUGCUAGUGCAGGCUAAAAUGUUCAUGGAUGGUACUGAAUCGACAACUGAGAACUUUGAGAAUGCUAUCAGGAGUUACGUGAAACAGUAUGAGUACGGUAACGCGGAACAGACUGAUCUUUACGAGCAGUUAGACAAGAUAUACGGAGCUAAGAAGGAUACAUCUGAAACUCGUGUAGAUAUAGUUGAGGUGAUUGUAAGACCCGGCGGUCAGGUGGAAGACUACCUGAUGAAUACUUGGACUCUGCAAAUGAACUUUCCUGUUUUGGAAGUAAGACGUUAUGAUGACAACCAUAUUGCCAUCUCUCAAAGACGGUUCCUUAUUUCAGGAUCUGAUGUGUCUGGGGACAAAGAAUCUCCUUACGGGUACCAAUGGUAUGUGCCCAUCGAAUACAUGACAGGAGCCGAUAUCGAGUUCGCGUGGCUGAAACCUCAUGACACGGUCCUUAUAGAGUUUGAUUUCUCCGAUCUUGAUAGCUUCAUCAGGCUGAACAUGAAUAGCGCGGGUUACUACAUCGUUAACUACAGUUUUGAUCUUAACGAGAGGCUCACGAAACAUAUCAGUGAUGAAGAAAACUACAAGGCUCUAAAAAUACCAGAAGUUCAGGGCUUACUGUACGACACAUUCCUGCGUUUAUACUAG